AUGGCGCGCCGCGCGGUCUGGACGUACACCCUUCGCCAGUGCGAAGGCGACGAAGCGACGAAGCUCUACUGCUUUCAGCUGACGGUCGGCGACGUCUCGUGGUCCGUCCUCAAGUCGAUUCAAGACCUCAAGUACCUUCGCCAAACGCUCGCGACGAUGUACCACAACGAAGUCCUCAACGCCAACGCGGAGGCGCACUGGACGUUGGAGCUUAAGAAACUCCUCCAGCUGCGAAAGAUGGAGCGCGCGAUGACAACGCUCCUCUGCUUUUACGAAGACGCGAUGGCCGACACAACGCAACCGAGCUUCCUCUUGCACGUCCUUAAGGGCCUUUUGCGCGUCUUCCUUGGCAUGCCGUGCCACCCGGAGCGCUACUCGAUCCGGGCCUCGUCCAUGGCGUGUCCUGUGCUGGCGGCACCCAAAAUCCUCGCUUAG